AUGUUGUGCUAUAACAUUGUGCUAGAAGAUCUUGUUAUCUUCCUCCGUCUUCCACUGAGAUUCCUUUCUUAUACUACCCCGUUGUAUGACGAUAAUGUAUUCUUUGUUUUAUUCAUUGAGUUGAGGAGGGAGGGAAAGUGCGUGCUAAACUCGGUUGAGAGGGAAUUGCUGGAGAUGAAGGGAAAGGCCGUUGAAAAGGGAAUCCGCAGUGGUGAUACAUCAUUCUCUGCGAGACUGCUUGAUGCCAUUGUUAGUGGAUGCUUACUAAUUGUAGGUAGUGACGAGUUGGAGUUACCUUUAGGAGGACUGCUUGACUACGGGAAGAUUGCUGUGAUCUUUUCUCCCAGCGAUGCAACUCAGGCUUGGUUGGUGGCUUGUGAAUCCUCCCUUGUCCUUGUAGUCAUCAAGCACUGCAGAACAAAGCUCAUAGCUCCUGAAGCUUCAAGAGACAAAUUUAGAAACUUCAGAUAUGUUUCAACAUUAUGCGAAGAAAUGGCGAUAACAAUGAUGAUUAGAACAUGGGCUCAUCCUGCAAAGGCGGCGCACUGGAAAAAGUGGCAAACUGAAGAAGGAACUAGAGAUUCCAAGUCCCAAUUGACACUAUCCAUUUUACAUAUGCAAGAUGCAGCUUCUUGUACUGCAGUCUUACUGCUAGACAGACACCAAAGGGUACUGGAUAAGCAUGUUCAGUUGGCUGUUGAAGGAAGUGCGUGUGCUAAGAUAUUAUCUCGUAUCACCGAUGAUGAGUCUACCAUUCAGGAUCUUGUGUGCAAAACUUUCUAUGAGUUCUGGAUUGAGGAACCUCCAGGGCAUCAUACACAAUUCUCUAGUGAUGCUAGUUCCAUUCCUGUGGAAGUGGAAAAUAAUACAAAGCAAAUAGUUGGUAUGUUAAGGAGGACCCGUAUCAGCAGCUUCUUGUAA